AUGGACUCCUCUGACCUACAUCUUGCAAUUGAUUAUGUUGGAUCAUGUGGUAUCGUUUUGACACCUGAACAAAAGGCGACGCUUAAUACAACACUGACUAUUUUGAGGCACGAAAACAAGUUCUCGUAUGUGUCGUUUUGGGGUAUAAUUCGAGGAAUCAAUGGAGACUAUUUCAUUGCUCAAGGAAUAGGCAAAGAUGUAUUAAAAGAAAAAACAAAUCUGUACAGUAAAGAUUGCACAACAUGGGGGUUGUUACCAGUACCAGGGAAACAAGAUAUAGAAAAAAGUAAACUUUUCAAAAUGAGACUAACAGGUGAUCCUUCACAUGAAGCUGAAUACGUUGAGGUGAAACAAAUGCCAGGAGAAGGUGAUGAGCUUGUCGAGACUGAAGAACUUAUAACCAUGAAAGAAGAAGAUAGACUUGCUGCUAUUAUUUACCGCAUGGAAGAGGAGGUUGUUAUUGUUCCACGUGGUGCAUUUAUACGAAUGUACAACGGACAAGUUGUGAGAAAUAAAUCUUUUGAAGGUUUAACUUGUGCUGAGGCUUCAAAGCUAUUAUCAUACUUCCAUUGUCGGCCUCCUGUAAAUAUGUCUAACAAACCAUUAGCCGAAAGAGCAAAGCUGGAUAAAGCCAUCGAUUUUUUAGAUACUAUUGAGGAUGAUAAUCCUGAAGGUUGUUGGGUGAUUCAAUUUGAACGUGGAGGCAACCUUGUUCUGGUCAAAAGUCUUUUAUGGAUUGGAUAUGUUUUAUAUCACUUACCAGGUACAAACAAAUAUGGAUCAAUUUAUGUUGGAACUGGUGAAUAUAACAUUGAUCUCCCAUUUAUGAUAUAA